AGCCAAAACACAAAUUGCUUUCUCUUUCAUCUCACAAGCGUGACUUUCACUGGAAUUUUCCAACUCUACUCAGCACGGCUCUGAUAUUUUUGGUAUUGGUCUUACUCACUCAAUCUGAAACUUUUUUUUUUGUCGUUUUCUCAUGCAUCCGUCGAGGAAUUACACCGGCGUAGCGCCGUCGGAUUUGCGGUGGCAGAGGGGGAAAAUGUUGCCGGUGAAGAGGGAGGUAGACCUUGAAAACUUUUCAGAUGAAGAACGCUGCCAACUCGACAAGCGAUCCAAGCUUUACUCUUCUCUGCAACAGCAACUGGGUGAAGGAGCUUGUGAUUUUCCUGUUUCAUCAUCGUUCGUCUCGUUAGAUGAACCCAGUCCGUUAGGUUUGCGGCUAAAAAAGAGCCCAUCACUGGUGGAUAUGAUCCAAAUGAAGCUUGGGGGAACCUCCAUGGUGGAAAGUCUUGGGAAGAAGGAGCAGAAAAGAAGCACUGCAAUGAUAGAAAAGCUCAAGGCCUCGAAUUUUCCUGGUUCAGUUCUGAGAAUUGGAACCUGGGAGUAUAAGUCGAGAUAUGAAGGAGAUUUGGUUGCAAAAUGUUACUUUGCCAAGCAUAAGCUUGUAUGGGAAGUCCUUGAUGGUGGUCUCAAGAAUAAGAUAGAGAUCCAGUGGUCUGAUAUUAUAGGGUUGAAGGCAAAUUACCCAGAUGAUGCACCAGGAACCUUGGAUAUAGUGCUGGCAAGGCAACCUCUUUUCUUUAGGGAGACAGAUCCACAACCCAGAAAGCACACACUUUGGCAAGCAACUUCAGAUUUUACUGACGGACAGGCUAGCAUACACAGGCGACAUUACUUAGAGUGUCCGCAUGGAUUGUUGGGAAAGCAUAUUGAAAAGCUUGUGCAAUGUGAUCCUCGUCUUAAUUUUCUGAGUCAACAAGCAGAGAUGACUCUAGAUUCUCCUUAUUUUGAAUCCCAGAUGUCGGGUUUUGAAGACACACAUGAAAGGGACCGUGAAUUUGAUCUGAAUAAUGAGGGGAGUCCGAAUUUUAUUGACUAUACUUCACCUUCUGGAGCUCAGUGUUCCUCCAAAAAUAAGCAAGAUCCUAGACCUUUGGAAUGUAUUCACCAAGAAAAGCCAUCCCCAAGAUCAGGGGCGAGUGAAGAUAUGGAAAGUAGGGAAGUGGAGCAGCGGAAAGGGCUCAGUAACCUCAAUCAACUCAGAGUGUCUGGAGUACAUCCCUCUGUAUCAAUGAGUGAUUUAGUGAGCCAGCUUGAGCAACGUGUAUCAGAGCAGACGACAUCUAAAGUCAUCAACCUCGCCAAUGAUGAACGACGAAGCUCGGAAAUCCUGGAAGAGAUCUCCAAAUCCUUGCUUAGUGACACUCAAAAUGUGUCAUCAUCAGAUGAGAAAUCUCUUAUGUCAAGGGUCAAUUCUCUGUGCUGCCUUCUCCAAAAGGAUCCUGCAACAGCUCAUGCGAGUGAGAACUGUGGUGAUGUUGUGUCGGAUGAAAGAAGAGUUAAUGAAAUAAAUUUCAUUCCCACCGCACCGCUUGGAAGAGAAGAUGUAGAAGAUCCUUCUAUGCCAGAGGAUGAAUCAACUGAUCUCUCUGGUUGCAAGCCGACUUCAACAAUGUCAAGGAAGGACUCUGUCGGUGAUCUGUUGCUGAAUCUUCCUAGGAUAGCAUCACUGCCCCACUUUUUGUUCUUAUGCGAUGAUUCUGCAGGUAACCAGGCUAGAUAGUCUUAGCUCAAGUCUACAUCAGGUAAUCAUUGCAAAGGAUGGCUGUAGUUCUCUUGUAUAUAUUGAAAAACUAAGUUAGCAACAGUACUGUGUUCAGCUUAGAACUUGAAACUUUGAUGCAUCGUUAUAGAACUGUUCAUGGAUAGAAUUAGACCGUUUUUGUGCUUUUGUACAAAACUUAGUGCUGUGAAAGUUUUCCAAUGCUUUCCUGUU